CUCGAUUUCGGAUCGGGAAUCCCCCUUGGCCCGGCGAUUCUCUCUCUCUCUCUCUCUCUCUCCUCGUGCGCCUUUACCUUUUAUCUGACUUCCGCUGACGCCUGGAAACUUCUGAUCCGAUGUGGGUGGCUACAGCAGUUCCUCGACUGGUUUCUCCGCAUUCGACCUCGACGUCUCAGAUACUUUCGGACCCGAAAUGGAUCGUCCGUUCUCUCGGGAAAACGCUUCGUUUCGAUGUUCGGUAUCGGCCGAGGAGGUUCAAAGUUUCGGGAGCAAAGAAGGAACUCCCCGAGACCGAGUUUCAGAGAGAGGAACCAGUUGCAGAGAGCGAGCCGUCGUCCUUACUAGAAAAGAGUAGUGAAGGCGUUGAUUUGGGAUGGUUGCGCGCCUUUCCUCACGUGGCUAUCGCUUCGAUGGCAAAUUUUCUUUUCGGUUAUCACAUUGGAGUAAUGAAUGGCCCUAUUGUCUCAAUUGCACGAGAACUUGGUUUUGAGGGAAACUCAAUACUUGAGGGACUUGUGGUCAGCAUAUUUAUUGCUGGUGCUUUUAUUGGAAGUAUAAGCGCUGGUUCAUUUGUGGACAAACUCGGUUGCCGGCGUGUCUUUCAAAUUGAUAUGGUACCAUUAAUUCUUGGUGCACUUUUAAGUGCACAAGCCCACUCCAUUGAUGAAAUACUCUGGGGGAGGUUUCUUGUGGGCCUUGGUAUUGGAGUAAACACUGUAGUUGUUCCAAUUUAUAUUUCUGAGGUUGCUCCAACUAAGUAUAGAGGUUCACUGGGAACCGUUUCUCAAAUUGGUACGUGCCUUGGGAUUAUUUUAUCAUUAUUUCUGGGGAUUCCUGCAGAAGAUAAUCCACAUUGGUGGAGGACAAUAUUCUACAUGGCAUGUGUUCCUGGCUUUCUUCUUGCUUGUGGUAUGCAAUUUGCUGUAGACAGUCCUCGCUGGCUGUGUAAAGUAGGAAGAUUGGAUGAUGCCAAAGUAGUUGUACGUAACAUUUGGGGAGAAUCUGAGGUCAACAAAGCAAUUGAAGAAUUUCAGUCAGUCUUUAAGAAUGACGGUAGUGAUAUGGACAGCGGAUGGUUGGAACUCCUUGAGGAUCCACAUUCAAGAGUUGCAUUUAUUGGAGGUACCCUUUUUGUACUUCAGCAAUUUGCAGGCAUAAAUGGAGUUCUUUAUUAUUCAUCGCUGACGUUUCAAAGUGUUGGAAUUUCAAGGGGUGCUCUAGCUAGUUUAUAUGUUGGAUUCACAAACUUCGCCGGUGCGCUUUGCGCAUCUUAUUUAAUGGACAAGCAAGGAAGACAGACGCUUCUUAUUGCAAGUUAUUUGGGAAUGGCAGUGUCCAUGUUUCUGAUUGUCUAUUCUAUCAGCUUUCCACUGGAUGAAGACUUCAGCCACAACUUAUCAAUUCUAGGAACUAUCAUGUAUAUAUUCACAUUUGCUAUUGGAGCUGGUCCAGCAACUGGUCUUAUUAUACCAGAACUGAGCAGCAAUAGAACUCGUGGGAAGAUCAUGGGAUUUAGUUUCUCCGUUCAUUGGGUGUGCAAUUUCUUGGUGGGACUGUUCUUCCUUGAAUUGGCGGAGAAAUUUGGAGUUGCCACAGUUUAUGCUGGCUUUGGCAGUGUUUCCUUAUUGUCAGCUAUUUUUGCCUAUUCCUUUAUAGUGGAAACUAAGGGACGUUCUCUUGAGGAAAUAGAAAUGUCAUUGAAGUCUAAUCGUUCCAGUAGAGCCAAGUGAAGAACCUUGAUUUAUUGACUUGCGGAGGCCAAUGAAGUUUUAGGCUCCCCGGCGUUUAGUAUCUUCGACAGUUGCUUUGUCUCCAAGAUUGUUGCUGGUUUCUGCUAUUUGCCUCAAAUGGUGGACUCUGCAUGAGGUUCAGAUGAAUUUUUUUAUUUGGUAUAGUGUAUAAAAAGUCAGGUGAAAAUUUUACGUUGAGUUUUUUAUGAUUCAUUUAUUCAUUCAAAUGUGACGACAGGUUAUGUAGUAAAUCUCACCAUUUUCUUGUUGAACGAUAAUAUGCAUAGACUACUAAGAACAUUCUGACUGUAAAUUGAUUUUUAAAACAAAAAUUAAAAAGAAAAGACCUCUUUAAUCUUCGGCUGGAAGUGAUGAAUAUGAAGUACACAGUCUCAGUUCACAAGUAA